GCACCUGGCAUCCCACAGCUGUCUUUCGGUUGUAAAGUUUACUUUAUGACGACAUUUCAACUUUAUAUUUGUUUUGACACUUUGUUAUUAUCCUCGGGCGUUAUUUAGAAUCCAGUUGCUUCGAUUUUGACAGUGAGAAAGCCUCCACUGGUUUGCUAGCUUGACUUGUUGUGGCAAUAGCUUGGUGGCUAGCUAACGUUAGCCUUAUCUGAGCUUUGUAAAGACAACUUGAACAGGCACUUUUUUGUACACUUUAUUCCAAACGAGUUUUUUUUUUUUUCACACAACAUCGCACUGAUAGUCAGCCAGGCAUGUACCUAAGUGGACACAUCGCCUUGGUUGGGUAGUUGUGCCACACGCUCAGUUGCAUAAUUGUAGCCUUUAGGGCUAUGUGUCAGCAGCCACCAUCGCGUUACUCGCACGGUCCAAGCUUUAAAAAGUACCUCACAACAAGGGGGCCCACAGCUAUGAGCCACUCUGCACUGGAUGCUGCCGACUGCACACAAGUAGCCUUUGUCUCUAUUGAGAUUGUUGGAUACUGUCUGAUACCGGGACUUUGAUUGGAGAGAAAUGAGUGCCAGGAAAAAAGGGGGCAAGCCCAACAGAGGAGGAGGGAAAUUUAACAAGCCAAGGGGAGGUGGAGGUAGAGGAGGCGGCGGAGGAAGAAAAGGAGCAGGUUGCUGCUUGGAUGAUGACUACGAUUUCAGUCUUGAUUUUGGACCACCUCGAUCGAGCAGACCUGCCAAAGGACGAGGUGGCACUGGCAAUGCGAGUGGCUGGAAUGGGGAUCGCGGACGGGGAGGUAGAGAUCGAGACAGCAGAGCUGUUCUCCCAAAAUCGCUGGCUAAGAGCACACCAUACAGAAAGGCGGGUGACAGCAGCAGAGCAGAGACGAGCAGCAUGCCAAUGCAGAAGAUUUUAAUGACUAACAAGAACCAGGAACUCCUGAAGGAGCUGCUGUGGGAUCUGCGGACCCGCGACUUUGACGAACACCAUGAUGAGACUGGUUCAGAUGAUUUAAAAGAGGCGGAGGCGGAGGAAGAGGAAGAACACGAUGAGCUGGACCACCGUGAGGAAGGCCAGUUUUGGGCCACCAGUGAUGAGCCUGUGGAGAGAGCAGAGAGCCCGGAGUACGAGUCUGACCAUGAACGUCCUCCUGCCGAGCCUGUCGUCUCCUUAUUUGCUAUUGGCAAACUCUGCAGGUAUGGCUUUAAUAGGGAGCGCAGCAAGCAGGCGCUGGAGUCAGAAGGAGGGGAAUUUGGAGCAACAUUGGAGAAGCUCCUCUAUCAAGUUUACUCCGAGUGCAACAAGCAGGAAGCGUUCAGUCACGUCCUGGAAGGAAUGUCCAUGGAGGAGUGUCUGAACCAGAGGCAGGAAGAAGCUCUGGCACUGGCGGCUAUUUUUGGGGACCGUUUCAAUGAGCGCAUUGCCAACUCGGUGUGGGUAAUAACCCUCGAUCUAUUAUUUCUUACAGAAAACAUUAGCACAAACUACAGCAGGAGUCAGCCUAGUGGACGGUCUUCUGAAAAAGUCUGCCAGUUCUAUUUAAAAGGCAAAGGCUGCAGGUACGGCAGCAAGUGUAAGUUCAAGCACCAAGCUCCAAUCCAAGCCCCACCGGACUUGCAGGGACCAGCUCAGGCUGGAAUCAGCAGCUUCUCUCCCCUUGAGUAUGAACUGGAAGUUCGCUUCCCGAAAGGAAACCGUUACCCAGCUCAAGCACCGGUUGUCGCCUUCAGCACCAACGACGAGCACAUUGGAGCCGCGGGGAGACUCACCGUGACGGAGGUGUUGUUCGCGCAGGCGCUGGUCGCGGCCCAGAAGGGGGAACCCGUCGUUUACACUCUCGUCAGCUUGUGCGAGGACGAGGACGCCAUGCGGGGGCUGCUGGACAGCCCUCAUCACAAAUACAGUACGCCGCCACCUGUUGUGGUGGCUCCCUCCCCCUCUCUCCCAGUGAGGAAUGUGAGGAGCAACGCUUUGGAGGAAAGCAUCUGUCCCAUGAGAAGGACCACUCCAACAGUAGACCGGACUGGAGAAGCAGAAGAGCAGGAAGAAGAUGAUGACGCUCUUCCCAUUGAGGAGGAGAGACACCUUAGGAAGAAGGUGGCCAUUAAUCCCAACCUACUUCAAGAAAACGGCAAACUGUGCAGAGACUUCCAGAGGAAACAGUCAUCCAAGCGGUUCAAGUCCAUGCUGGAGGAGAGGAUGAAGCUGCCAGCAUGGGAUGAAAAAGACAACGUCCUCGAUCUGUUGAAUGGGUGUCAAGUGUUGGUCGUCAGCGGGAUGACAGGUUGCGGCAAGACUACACAGAUCCCCCAGUUCAUCCUGGAUGCUUCUUUGAGUGGUCCGGCGGACAAGGUGGCCAACAUCAUCUGUACUCAGCCGCGCCGCAUUUGCGCCAUCUCUGUGGCCCAGCGGGUGUCGCAGGAGCGUGCCGAGAGUCUGGGUAACUCCGUGGGCUACCAGAUUCGCCUGGAGAGUGUUAGGACGUCUGCCACCAGGCUACUUUACUGCACCACAGGUGUGUUGCUAAGAAGGCUGGAAGGUGACAUGGACCUUCAGGGUGUCACCCACGUCAUUGUAGAUGAGGUACACGAGCGCACAGAAGAAAGUGACUUCCUCCUGUUGGUGCUCAAAGACCUAACCCUUAAUAGACCAGACUUGAAGGUUAUUCUCAUGAGUGCCACGUUAAAUGCCAACCUCUUCUCUGAAUAUUUCUACAACUGUCCAACUGUACAUAUACCUGGUCACACGUACCCUGUCACUCAGUUUUUUCUUGAGGAUGCGAUCUCUUUUACCCGAUACACAAUCGAGGAUGGGAGUCCUUACAUGCGCUCAGGGAAGCAGAACUCUGCGAGUGGGCAAGGACGAAAAGGAGAGCCAAGGAAUGUAGUGGACACCUUGGGGGACGAUGUGUGGAACUUUAUGUCUUUUUCAAAGAAAGACUUUGUCAAAGAUUCUGUCCCGGACCAGAAGCUUAGUCUUCAGGAACUCUCUAUCAGAUACAGAGAUUAUAAAACAUCUGUGCUAAAGACUAUUUCUACAAUGGACCUGGACAAGAUCAACAUGGAUCUGAUUGAGAGUCUGCUGGAGUGGAUUUUAGAUGGCAAAGACGAUUCCCCUAACAGUGCAGUGCUGGUGUUUCUUCCAGGCCUCGCUGAAAUCAAGAUGCUCUAUGAGCAGCUCCAGUCAAACAGGAAGUUCAACAACAAGUACACAAGCAGCUGCGUGGUGUACCCACUUCACUCCAGUCUGUCCAAUGAGGAGCAGCAGGCUGUUUUCAGCCAUCCGCCUGAGGGCAUCACAAAGAUCAUCAUCUCCACUAACAUUGCAGAGACCUCUGUAACCAUUGACGACGUGGUGUGCGUCAUCGACUCUGGCAAGAUGAAAGAAAAAAGGUACGAUGCAUCAAAGAGCAUUGAGAGCUUGGAGGAAUCCUGGGUUUCUCGGGCCAAUGCGCUUCAGAGGAAAGGCAGGGCAGGUCGCGUGGGGCCUGGGCUAUGCUUCCACCUCUUCACCAGCCACUGCUUCCAUCACCAUCUGGUACCUCAACAGCUGCCUGAGAUCCAAAGAGUUCCUCUGGAGCAGCUCUGCCUCCGCAUCAAGAUCCUGGAUAUGUUUGCAGAGCACACACUGGAGUCCGUCUUCUCUCGCCUCAUCGAGCCGCCAGCCACCGGAAGCUUAGAAGUGGCCAAGCAACGCCUGCAGGACCUGGGCGCUCUAACCGCCGAGGAGAAGCUCACCCCGCUGGGCUACCACCUGGCCCGCCUGCCUGUGGACGUGCGCGUGGGGAAGCUCAUGUUGUUUGGCGCCAUCUUCCGCUGCCUUGACCCAGCACUCACCAUCGCUGCCAGUCUGGCCUUCAAAUCACCUUUUGUGUCGCCAUGGGACAAACGUGAGGAGGCUAACGAGAGGAAACUGGCCUUUGCGGUGGCCAGUAGUGACCAUCUGGCCCUGCUGCAAGCAUAUAAGGGUUGGUGUGAUGCUAAAAAGGCAGGCAAUAAUGCCGGCUCCCGCUACUGCCGGGAGAACUUCUUGUCUUCACGCGUCUUGCAGGAAAUAGCUUGUCUGAAGAGGCAGUUUGCCGAGCUGCUGUCUGACAUCGGCUUCAUCAAAGAGAAGCUGAGGUCCAGAGUGAUUGAGCGGCUGUGCUCCAAUGGCUCUGAUGGGAUUCAAGAGGCUACUGGCCCUGAGGCAAAUCUGAAUGCUGACAACAUCCAUCUGAUAUCUGCUCUUCUCUGUGCUGCCCUCUAUCCUAAUGUGGUGCAGGUCCAAUCUCCUCAGGGGAUUUAUACGUUGAGCAUCAAGGGAGCGGUGAAGAUGCCCCCCAAGACCAACGAGCUACGCUUCAUGACCAAGAAUGAUGGAUGCGUCCAUGUUCACCCCUCGUCCGUCAACUACAUGGUGCGGCUGUAUGCCAGCCCGUACCUGGUUUACCUGGAGAAGGUGAAAACCAGCCGGGUCUUCAUCCGGGACUGCAGCAUGGUGUCUGUCUACGCUCUGGUGCUCUUUGGAGGCGGGCAGGUCAACGUGGAGCUGCACAAGGGCCAGUUUGUCAUCUCCCUCGACGAUGGAUGGAUUCGAUUUGCUGCUGAUUCUCACCAGGUGGCUGAAUUGGUGAAGGAGCUGCGCUGGGAGCUGGACUGCCUACUGGAGGACAAGAUCAAGAACCCUAGCAUGGACUUGUGCAGCUGCCCCCGCGGCUCCCGCAUCAUCCGCAUGAUCGUCAACCUUGUGUCUACACAGUAAUUUUGUUGCUUCUCCUCUUAUUAUUUUUCUGCUUCUUGGGCUUAGUAAGGUCCGUCAUGUGUCCAUCUGUGCACCUAUGGGUAUGGUGGUCCUAAAAUGAAAUGAGCACAGGCACAUUGUUUCCGACAAUUGCCUGGCAUCCGGGUAGAAGUUCAGCUGACUUUAUUCUUUCUUCUUGUUAUAGACUUGCAUGUUCAAAUUGAUACUUGAAGUGAGUUCCUCUGUUGGUCACGGCUCUCACAGCUACAGUGAUGCUGCACAAAUGUUUAUAGGUAAACAAAAACUAUGCAUGUGCUACGAAGAAUAUCUUAUCUUGUGAUCCAAUUGAGUGUGCAUGGUUUUCACAUAUUGAACAUGAACUGAAUGUAUUUAAACGUUACACUGAUGUCAACCAACACAACGGGACUCCAAGGGCUCUUUGAAUCAGGGAGUUGCCAAAGAAUUUCAAUUAAAAGAGUGCAGUAUUGCAUUGCCACGUCCUCGUUAUGUCUUUGAUGGGCUUGUGGGAGAGUCAGACCUGUCUCAUUCAAGCCAGCCAGUCUGUUCUGUUCCUAUGACAACGUGUGUACACAAACCAGGAGCCAGUCUUUUCCUGUUGCCAUUUCAGCCUGCGUGAAAAACUUGGUAAGCUGUUUAUAUUUUGGGUACAAUUUCUCAUGUUAAAAUGUGUUUUGGGAAAGAUUUAGUAGCAACAGCAC